AGCAGGGCACUAAAGCGCGCUCAUUACAGUAAUUGGCAAUAACAGGCAACAUCAACUAACUACCUAUGUGGGUAACCGCUUAAAAGUGUAGAUAUAACAAACUACCUACCAUCAGAAAGAAAAUCAUUGUUUGUAAGGUCCCGUAAGUCGUUUAUACCAAGAAUAUGCGAACAGGGCCUUCCAUAAUUAAAACAAAUCGCGUAUCAUUAUACUAAUGGCGACAUUAUUCAAACGCACGAGUCACCAUAGCAGCCACAAAUAAAAAAGCCAUAGGAAAGGUCCGCUCGCCAUCGUCAAGUAAUGCGGAAACUCAGAAGAAAUCAUAACAAUCUCCUACGCUGCCUACGGAUCCACAAAUAUGUAAAUCAUCUCAUUAAAAUAAACAAAACUCUAACAUCAAGCUUAUCCUCUUUCCUUAAGAUGCGGAAUAUUUGGCAUACACUCAUUCGUUAGCCAGUUACCGGUAUUGACAUGCGCGUCCAGCGGGCCAUUAUACGAUCUAAAAAGAUAAAUUGUGAAGCGGUAUUUGAGAUUCUGAUUCAUAAGGCUAGAGCGCCAACAGUGUUUACAUACAAGUUAUGGAGAACAACACAGCAUCACCUAUUAUGGAAUAUGUGACUAAUGAGACUUUGAUUAAGCAAGUGGCUAACUUCUUCAACGUUAGUGUUGCGAAUGUGACAAACCAAAGUGUAGUGCAGCAAGAGACACUCUUCGAUUUGUACGAAGCCUACAGGACGAAGGAAAAGGAACAGUUGAUUGCGUACAAAAGUGUGGCAUACGUUGUCGGUACAUUGAUAAUUCUAAGUAAUUUAAUUGUUGUUAUAUCCAGCGGCCUGAUACUGCGACGAGGCCAACAGCCCAAGAGCACCUACCUCCUGCUAGGAAAUGUGUCGCUGGCGGACACGAUCAUCGGCGCUGCCAUCAUCUUCGGGGCUAUAAUUGACAACUCCAUGGCCUCCAACCCACUGUGCAUAUUUCAAAUUGGUAUGAUCGUGUGCCCGGCGAUUGUGUCCAUAUUCAGUGUGGGGCUGAUAGCCGUCGACCGCUAUUUCUACAUACUACACGGCUUAUACUACCAAAGAUACUUUAACACAACAAGAGUCAGGAUUGCCAUUGUUAUCAUUUGGAUGAUUGGUCUCAUCCUCGGAUUUAUGCCGGCCACCGGAUGGGUCAAUAACGAGCUAUUAUACACUAGAUGUUACUACCACGCACUCUUCCCUGGCGCACUCAUACUUUUUAACUCCUCCUUAAGUUUAAUACCUAUCAUACUUGUGACUAUACUAUAUUCUAUAAUAUUAGUUCGUGCACUUAAGAACGUCAAGGAGAUAAAAGCAGCUGAAAAGUCCGUUAAUUUUAAUUCAAACUCAAAUGAGACACCAAGACUCAGAAUAUAUCGUGGCAAUACUAACCUCAAUAGAACUUUCCCUACAAAACCCCAAAAAACCUCAAUGAGACGGUGUGCGUCUUUUAAUGCUAUAUGUGAUAACUCGAAGAAAAGGACAUUUACAAGAAAAACUGAAAAAUCUAAAAGCAUUGGUGAUCUUAAUAAUGAUAGUUUUAAUGGCACAGAUGACCGUUCUUAUAAUAAAAACUUGGAAAAUAGCAAAGAAAUGCUUAAGAGUCAAUACGAAGACUCCAAACACCAACUGUUCCAAAUAUCUGGGCACGCCCUGGAAAUAGAGUCACUUGACUCCAAGUUGGAUAUCCUUUCUGCAAAACCAUCCGUGGAAACGGACCAGCUUCAAGCUUUGGUGCGACUGUCUCCUGAAGUAAAACAACAAUGGCUGCACUACUUCGACGAGCGACAGAUCACGUAUAAGAAAGUGAUUGAUAAUCUAGCCGACGCUUUCCGUAAUGAAGACGACCAAAUUGAAGCUGCUAGAGCAUCAGCCAAACGCAGCGGGCGAGACAUCGGUUGGGAUACUUUUUACAGGUACCAAGAGAUCAACGACCACUUGGACGAACUAGCAGCACAGUAUCCCAAUUUAGUAACAGUAAUGAACCCCGCCCUCAGUUAUGAAGGACGACAGAUUAAAUACGUGAGGAUCUCGACCACACGCUUUGAGGACCUGAGAAAACCGGUCAUCAUUAUCGACGCCAUGGUCCAUGCCAGGGAAUGGGUUACUACUCCGGUAGCCCUCUACAUCAUAAAUCAGUUAGUGGUUGAUGCCGUGGACAGCCAAUUAACCCAGGAUAUUGACUGGGUCAUAAUUCCGCUCGCUAACCCUGACGGUUAUGAGUAUACACAUCAUGAGGAUCGUCUUUGGCGCAAGACCCGAUCCAAAGCCCACCCCGGGAGCGACGAAUGCCCUGGCGUUGACGGGAACCGUAACUUCGACCACUACUGGGGCACCUCGGCGUCCAGUGCUAACCCCUGCAGCAUCAUCUAUGAAGGCCCGACUGCCUUCUCCGAACCAGAGAUUCGUGUGAUCAGAGAUGUUGUCAACCAACAUUUGGAGCGCGCCGCUAUGUACAUUUCUCUGCAUAGCUACGGCAAUAUGUUCCUUUACGCGUGGGGAAAUAACGGUACUCUUCCUUCCAACGGCCUAGCGCUCCAUCUUGCCGGUGUGACCAUGGCAACGGCCAUAGAUGCUUUGGCGUUAGACAAAGCUCCCCGCUACGUGGUAGGCAACGCUGCCCAAGUACUAUACUUCACGACCGGCACAUCGCGCGACUGGACCCGUGCCGUGGGCGUCCCUCUGACCUACACUCUGGAACUGCCUGGUUACGAAUACUUGUUCGAAGUGCCUACACAGUACGUGGAGCAAAUUGUCCAGGAAACCUGGGCUGGUAUAGCGGCAGGAGCGCAUUACGUCAGGACGAUCUAUGGUUAAUCACGGUUCUAUCUUGCCAUC